AUGGCGAAGGACCUGGACGAGCUCUUGGAUGAGGUCGAAUCCAAGUUUUGCAGACCAGACCCACUCAGACUGGGCAUGGUCGAGCGGCCCAGAGGCUGCGUCGGCGGCAUCCUCAGCAACGACCGGAACCAAGCCGAAGCGAAAGAGAAUCUCAGAUCAACAGAAACAUUUGCAAAAGAAGAUGAUCUUGACAGUCUUAUUAGUGAAAUAUUUGAAGAGCCCAACUUUGACAAAAAACCUUUUAAAUUAAAAUCUAAAUCUUCAGGUAACACAUCUGUCAGAGCUCCCAUUCAAGGCCUUGGUAAAAGCUGCAGCCCAGUGUACCUUGGUGGAAGCACUGCUCCAUGUGGAAUUGGAACAAAUACUUCACAGAGAGCUUGUGACCAUCUGCGUUGUGUAGCAUGUGAUUUCUGGGUAGUAAGCUACGACGACUUUAUGUGGGACAAAUCAUGCGAUUAUCUGUUUUUCAGGAACAACAUGCCAGAAUUCCACAAAUUAAGAACAAAGUUGGUAAAGAAGAAAGGAACACGGGCCUAUGCCUGCCAGUGCAGCUGGAGAACUAUUGAAGAACUGACUGACCUUCAGACCGAACAUCAGCUUCGUUGGGUUUGUGGUAAACAUUAA